GACUUGAAGGGGUGUUUUCUGCACAGCAACCAUGAUAGAACCCAGCAUUGUAGGGUGGAGCAGUGUGGGGAGGAGCACAGUGCACAAAACAAUUGUAUCCCCUUUGGUAUAAAACUAGAAGUAACGUUUGGAGACAAAGAAGUCCUGCUGAAAGAUGUGGUUCAUUCCUGUUUUGGCCAUCUUUGGAGGGAUAACGAUUGUCUUUUACCUGCUGAAAUUCACCUGGAAAUGUUGGUGUGGAUUCAAAGAGUUUGUCUUGUCGGAGUAUUGGCCAGUGAACUUAAAGAAAUAUGGAACAUGGGCAGUUGUCACCGGAGCCACAUCUGGUAUUGGCAAAGCUUACGCCACUGAGCUUGCACGCAGAGGUCUGGAUGUUAUCUUGAUUGGCAGAUCUGAUGAUAAACUGCAAACGGUUGCCAAGGAGAUCGAAAAGGAGUUUGGACAGAAGACUCGCACCAUCCGAGUGGACUUCACAGACGGCUGCAGCAUCUAUUCUACCAUUGCCAAAGAACUUCAAGAUCUGGAGAUUGGAAUAUUAGUUAACAAUGUGGGAAUGACCUGCACCGAUCAUUUCGCCUAUUUUCUGGAAAUACCAGAUACUGAACAGAAAAUCACUCAGAUUAUCGAAUGCAAUAUACUGUCAGUCCCUCAGAUGACCAGGCUGGUUCUUCCUGGGAUGGUGGAAAGGGGUACUGGCUUGAUCAUCAAUAUCUCAUCUGAAAUUGGUGCACGACCUCAGCCUUUGCUGGCUCUUUACUCUGCUACCAAAGUUUUUGUGACUUAUUUCUCUCAGUGUCUGCAUGCGGAGUACAAGUCCAAAGGAAUAACUGUUCAGUGUGUGGCCCCAUUGAUGGUGUCUACCAACAUGACACAUAACAUGAAAGUCAACUCUCUGGUCAAAAGUGCUUCAGGAUUUGUUCGUGAGGCUUUGAACACCGUGGGUUUCUCCAGCUACACCAGCGGCUGUCUGUCUCACGCACUGCAGAGUGCAGCUCUCUCUCUCCUCUUGCCAGAUUGGCUUCGCAUGUCGACAUUCUUCAUCAGAAAACUGCGGAACCUUCCAAGAACAGAAAAAUUUGACUCCAAUGUAUGAAAGAACAUUUCUAUUUCUGAGGGUUAAGAUGUCAAGAGUUUUCAAAACAAAUUCAGCGACUUAAUGGUUUCACUAGACAAACACUGAGCUACUGAGACAAUAUCUUUACAAUCCUGUGUAUAUGUAAAUUCCCCUGUAUCAUUAUGUAGAUAUAUUUAUUUGUAAUUACAUUAUUUUUAUGCUGUAUAUAGAAUGUUGCCUAAAAAUAGGAAAAUAAUUCUGAUGUUAAGAAGAAAAUCACUAGAACAUAGUAAAAUUGUCUGUCCAUGCAGCAAGUCAUUUUAACUUUACAAGAUUUCUUGAAAUAAGAUAUCAAAAUCUAGAAAUUGUAAUACUAUCCAACUAUAACAUUGAUUUCAAGAAGAAUAAAAGAAAAAAACAUGUAAAAUCCACAUUUUAAUAAAAAUAAUAAUGUUUUAAAAAAAGCUUGUUAAUAAUAUAAAAGCAGCUUGAAGUACAGGAAUAACUGCAGAUUUUGAGAUAAAAAAAAAGAUAAGAAUUUAUUUCCUGCAAAAUAAAUUGCAUUGCAAAAAAUGUUUUUCCUUCAUUCCAUUUGCAAAGAACCAAGAGGAAGAGUGUGUUUGCUGAUUUAACAUGUAGGGAAGUAAAACCUAUUCAUCCUGAUGAAGUCUCAAGUAUAUUUUUAUUAAAUAUGAAACAACAAA